UUCCCAUUGUUACGGAUGUUUAAUAAAGUGACCAAACUUGCAAGUGUUCCUAAAUUCUGGUCCAAAUGCUGCUUUUCCGCGGCGGGAACAGGCGCAGAGCUGUGCCCGGCUGUGGGCGGAGCACGCACCGCCCCUCAGAGCUCCGGCCUGUCCUUCCCGCCUCAGCGAAGCCUCGCGAGAUCUCGGCCCCGCCCGCCCGCCCCCGCGCCUUUGCCCGCUCUCGCGAGAGCCGCGCCCUUUCUCUCUUUCGCGCACGCCGACAAGAUGCCUUCCAGGCUAAGGAAGACCCGGAAACUGAGAGGUCACGUCAGCCACGGCCACGGCCGCGUGGGCAAACACAGGAAGCAUCCUGGAGGACGUGGUAAUGCUGGUGGUUUGCACCAUCACAGGAUUAACUUUGAUAAAUAUCACCCUGGUUACUUUGGAAAAGUGGGCAUGAGACACUAUCACUUAAAGAGAAACCAGAAGUUCUGUCCCACUGUCAACCUGGACAAGCUGUGGACACUGGUCAGUGAGCAGACGAGGCUCAACUACGCCAAGAACGAGGCCGGACUUGCCCCGGUCAUUGAUGUUGUGCGCUCGGGCUACUACAAAGUGCUGGGCAAGGGGAAGCUGCCCAAGCAGCCUGUCAUUGUGAAAGCAAAGUUCUUCAGUAGAAGAGCAGAGGAGAAGAUCAAAGAAGUUGGUGGUGCCUGUGUGCUUGUGGCAUAAAAGUUUUUGUUUUAUUCAAAUCUUUUGAAUAAACACAAUGCAUAAAGUGAGCUGAUUUAUAGAA